AUGAUCUUCGCUGCCCAUCAACUGCAGGAGAAGUGUCAGGAGAUGCAGACCCACCUGUACUCUACCUUCGCGGAUCUGACGAAAGUCUUCGAUACGGUGAAUCGUGAAGACCUAUGGAAAGUCAUGCAGAAAUUCGGCUGUUCCAAACGAUUCACUCAGAUGAUUCGUCGGCCCCACGGCGGCAUGAUGGCGCGUGUCACGUUCUUCAGUCCUAUGUUAUCUGCCAUGCUGAUGGACGCCCUGGGAUCCACAUAG